AUGGCAACGGCAAGUAACAAAACACUAUGUUUUAAAUGCAAGAAAGAAAAAAUAACAUAUUCUUGUGAAGGAUGUUCAAAAGAAUUUUGUUUAAAGGAUUUAACAGAGCAUCAACAAAUGUUAAACGAAGAAUUAAAUCAUAUUAUUAAUAACUAUGAUGAAUUUAAACAAAGAAUUAAUGAACAAAAACAAGAUCCACAAAAUCAUUCAUUAAUAAAACAAAUUAAUCAAUGGGAAACAAUUUCAAUUGAAAUAAUUCAACAAAAAGCACAAGAAUGUAGAAAGAUUGUCCUUAAAUCUUUACAAACAUUUAUUAAUGAUAUCGAAAAUAAAUUUAAUGAUUUAAGUGAACAAAUAAAACAACUUCACAAAGAAAAUGAAUUUAAUGAAAUUGAUUUAAACUAUUUAACAAAUCAAUUAAUAGAAAUUAAAGAAGAAUUAAAUAAUCCAUCAAAGAUUUCAAUUCAACAAAAUUUACAAUCAUUUAUUAAUGAAAUUUCGAUUAUUUCAUCAAUAAAACCAAAAGUCGACAAAUGGAAACAAACUGCCAUCACUGUGGCUGGUGGAAAUGAAAAAGGAAAACAAUUAAAUCAACUCAGUUAUCCUUUGGGAAUCUUUAUUGAUAAGCAGAAAAAUAUUUUCGUUACCGAUUCUUGGAAUGAACGUAUUGUUGAAUGGAAAUAUAAUGCAAAAGAAGGACAAGUCAUUGCAGGUGGAAAUGGGCAAGGAAAUCGAACAGAUCAAUUAAAUAAUCCAACAGAUAUGAUUGUUGAUCAACAAAAUCAUUCAAUCAUCAUUGCUGAUUAUGGGAACAGACGAGUGAUCCAAUGGUUGAAUCAAAAUCCACAAAUUCUCAUUGACAAUUUUGACUGUGGGGGCUUGGCAAUGGAUAAACAUGGAUUUCUUUAUGUUAACGAUUGGAAGAACAAUAAAAUUAGACGAUGGAAAAUGGGUGAAUACAACAAUGAAGGAAUUGUAGUGGCAGGUGGACAUGGACAAGGAAAUAGACUCAAUCAACUCGAUCAUUCCAAUUUUAUCUUUGUUGAUGAAGAUCAAUCUGUUUAUAUAUCAGAUAGAGAGAAUCAUCGUGUGAUGAAAUGGAGAAAAGGAAUAUUUGCUGAUGAUUUGGGUCAAGUGUAUGUGGCAGAUAGUGGGAAUCAUCGAGUAAUACGUUGGUGUGAAGGAAAAGAAGAAGGUGAAGUUGUUGUUGGUGGAAAUGGUCAAGGAGAUCAAUCAAAUCAAUUGAAUCUUCCCAUGGAUUUAUGUUUUGACGAUGAAGAAAAUCUUUAUGUUGUUGAUAAUUGUAAUAAUCGAAUUCAAAAAUUUGAAAUAGUUGUGUGA